AUGACAGCUGCAGGUAGUUGCACAAAAUUGAAACAAUCAGAUUUACAUUUGCCGUAUAUGGGUACAUCAGAGGAGAGAACACUUUAUGUUCAAAAUGUACCAGAUACGUGGGAUAAGUGGAAACUUCUUCACAUAUUUCGACAAUUCGGACGGAUUGACAAUAUCAAAAUUCUGAAAAAACACAAUGAUUCAUUAACAAGCGCGUUUGUUCAUAUGAUGUCGAUUGCUGAUGCGAAUUCGAUUCAAUUUGUAAGACAGAAAGGGAAUGCAAGUUUGAAAACAGAAUUAUCAUCGGCUAUUGACAGAGAAGCGGAAAGAAUGAAAAGCUAUUUUUCCAUUACUGAUAAGCCGGAAUUGGUUUUGACAGAAGGAAAUAUUCGUAAACCGAUUAUCUACAAUGAUCGCUUUCAUCGUCACAUGUACCUAGCAGGGGGAGAGCCAAUAGAGGUUGAACUUAUUAAACCAAUUACGGAAGUUCUAUUCUGGCCAUUGAAAUUUUACGUGCUUACUAAAACUCAUGUAUGCGAAGCAGAAAAUUUAAUAAUUAGCAAUGAAGAUUUAGAUAGUCAUCUUAUAGCUCAUUUUGAACGUGCAGCUGAAGUAACAUAUGUUGUGAAGAAUGAACUGCUAGUUGCAACACCAAAGAAGCCAAACGAGGUGCCACUUCGAUGUCGGGUUCUGGAAGAAUUAGAUGAUAAAGAAAUUCGUAUUUAUACAUUGGAUGUGGGGCAAACACUGGUGGUACAAAUGAACGAAUUGAAAGUUAUCAGUGAAUAUUUGGCUUCCAUACCAGCCAGAGCUAUUCCAUGCAUACUGUACGGUAUUAUCAAACCAACGCCGAAAUUUGCAGAAGUUACUCGUUGCAUUCUGGAAAAUGCUGUUCAUUUGGCAGUAUUAGCUGUAAGCUUCGAUGGUGCUGUUGCUCUUGUUAGAGCUUUUAAAUCAGAUGGAUCGUCUGUAAACGAAAUUGCGGAAAUUCUUGCUAAUGAAGGUGUUUGUGAUUACAAACCUCCAGAUAAGCGAAUAGUUUAUUCUCGAGAACUAAUCCUAUCAUUAAAAGAACAACAACGACAAUUACCAAUCCCGAAUCGUGAGGUGGCAGAUGCUAUUUUAGUCAAUCCUCAACUGGAACAAAACAAAAUGGCUCAGAAAUUGGAUGAAAAUGCCUGA